AUGGAAUAUGAACGCGUCACAGCCGAAGUACUACAUGUCGCAUUCCAAUGUGCUAUCUUCCAGCAGUAUCAGUGGUCGACGAAAUCAGACCCUAUCCAUUAUUCGUCUGGAUUGGACAUCACUAUGGCAGCGAAACUGCUGUUACGGGACCUGGACUUCAUCGAUGCUGCGUAUUCAUUCAACGAUGACGAAUUGCAUAAGAACUAUUCGUAUCGAAUUAGUGAAGAUGGUUACGGAUUCAUACUUGAACAUGAGGGCUUGUUCCGGAACGACAAGGAGUGUGAGGAAUGGGAAAAAUUUGAUUCCGUCUUCCUGGCUGUCUCCAUCUUUGUCAAUGGUGUAGCCCAAAAGCUUGAGCUCAGUAACAACUACGAUGAUCCUGUCAUAGUUGUGAACUCUCCAGAAUUCUUUGUGGUACAAGAUCACUGUGAUUCGAACUCCGACACGGCCGCAGAAUCUUUGACCGAUACACCAUUUCAAUUGAUCAAGCUUGCUCAUUAUGGGAGGCUAUUCAAGUUGGACAAGGACGGUGUCUUUUUGACAGAGCUCAAGGCUCUUGCGACCAACUGGAUUCAGGUACUCGAAACUGCCAACGUUCGAGGGUUUUAUGCAUUCCCUCGCCCCAAGACAGAUCCUACAACACCGAACGAAUUCCGCUUGGACGAUCACGUUUGGAUGUGGAGAGCCCUUAGCGCCGUCAAGGACAUGGUCCGGGGCAACGAGCUCGGCAAUUUCAAGCUUCGAUCAACGCGACGCCGGCGUGAAGCAUCCGAAGAGAGCUUUGAGAAGGUGGAGAGCAAUUUGAAUGCAGAGUACUCUCCAGAUGUGUUUCAAAAGCACGUCUUGAGACGGUUCACCACUGAGAAUCCUGUCUCCAAGCAAAGGAUGCUUGCUGUAGCACGAUCUCCCGUCGAGAACAGGUUUUAUCUCCACUCUCGAGAUACCGCAUCACUCUACAAGGAAAACUCAACAUUCUUCUCGAAGUACGAUGCUCUCUGGAAAGCUACCAUGAACGUACAGAGAUUCCACGAGGGGUCUGAAGAUUUUGGCCGGGGUAAUCCGUUGCGAUACACGCUCGAUAUCAUGCGCGAGACAAUCGAUUGUAUAGCCGCAAAAGACAUAUUAUUACAGAGCUCGUCUGCGAACGGGCUCUUUCCAGGUGCACUGGACCCUUUGACUAAAGAGCCUGAGAUGUCCUAUGAGGGAAAAUGGAGGGACCGUUACUGGCAUCGAACGUUCGAAGUUCCUUACAUACUUUGGGAAUGCCGAGACUCCGACAUAUUUCAAUCGGUCUUGAGCAAGGAUUCUGCUCAAGUUCAGAAGGAAUCGAUCAACAUUCCUGUCCAAGUUCAGAAAGAUUUGAGCAAUGUUCCUGCCCACACUCAGAGGGAUGUGAGCAUUAUUCUUUCUGAAAUCCAGAAGGAAUUUGAUGAUGCUCUGACCCAAGGUCAGAAAGAUUUACCUGCAAGUUCACUAGCUUCAGAUUUGUACCCGACUCAAAUGACGAUGAAGAAAAGGAUACCGUUUAAUAACGUCAUUGUUCAACAAAGCAUUGUUGAAUUGUCAGAUGAAUGGCUCUAUAGGUUUCCAAGCUUUUUUCAUUCUGAGUUGUCUGCUGAAGACACUGUACCUGUCGAGGACACUGUCAAGAACAAAAAUGCGACUGUCAUACCGCAUGGCGUCAUCAUCGACAUCCCAAAGACUGACCGUAGCAAGGAAUACGAAGAUCCUUUAGUUGAUGUUGAACUGCUGGAUAACGAAGACAUGUACAACAAGCUUAGAAAAGAGCGUUCGGUACAUAACAGCAAGAAACGGCUCGUAUGGAUCACGAAUCCCGACACGGAUACUAAGAGAUUCUGUCGCAUCACAUCUGCUGAUGAUGAGUCAGAUUCGUUGAACCUUUUCUUUGAACGGCACAACAAUAAGGCCAAAUACUUCUCCGAUGAAGUGACUGCUGCUGCGAACUUGUGGACAACCGAGCUGCACCUUUCAUCCUACCGACUUAUCCGUCAGACAAGGAACGAAAAAAGAGCCGAAAGCACAGAGAAGCUUGAAAAGAUGUUCAAGCUAAAGGAGUUGAAGCUGGACUUUGAGCAACAAAAGGAGCCAUGGAAGCAGCGCAAGGUGCUGGAACUCCUUCUGCUUGAUCGAAUGCUUCGGGAGCUAACGCAGCGAUACGAUGAAAUCAUAGGGGAGAUAGGCCAACAGCUAGAGCGGCUAUUUGUUCGCACGGCGAGAACAGAUAGCAAGAAUACCAAAGAAGAGAAAGUCAAAGGGAACAUAGUAUCCAUCUCGAACGAGCUGUUCUCUAGACAGAUGAACAAUGGUGCUUAUCUGGUGUUCCGUAAGACAUGGCCGGCCUUACAAUAUUCUCUUCAAGUUAUUGAGGAAGAUCUCAAGGAAGUCUUGGAGAAUAUUGACAUAUGGAACACCCGCAAAGCAGAUCGAAGACCCGAAGAGCCGCGAUGGACAAAAAACGAUGAGGGAAGAUACCGGGCUGCUAUCACGAAGCUUACAAAUGAGAACUUGCAUGCGAUUCGAGACUUGCGAUAUCACCUAGCCACCAUCCAGUCGUUGAGAGUCUCCCUCUCAAGCGGGCUCGAUUCUACAAGAGACGAGUUGAGCUUUCAGAACGCAGAGAACAUUCGAUAUUUCACGUUCCUCACUGCCGUGUUUCUGCCACUUGGAUUUGCCACAGGGAUCUGGAGCAUGGCCGAUUCAUCCCCUCGUAGCGAAAGCAUAAGAGGGAUGGUGGUCACAGCUGUCAUUACAUUGUUCCUGACAUUCACUGUGCUGAUCAAUGUGCAAAGACUCAACGAAUACUUGAGCCUUUAUACCUCUCGUACGUUCUGGGAGAAGCACAACGGAGCGCAAGCGAAUGUGCAUCAAGAGCAGCAGGGCGAUCCUUCUGAGCGCGAUAGCGCGAUAGCGCAACGCAUAAGUUCAGUGAACUUCGAGGGAUUCAGCUGCCUGGUUUGA